AUGCGUGAAUCCGUUUGGCACGUGGAGUAUGUUCGGAUGAAGACCCGUCCCUUCGCCGUCCGCUACGUACAGCUCAACUCUUUAUCCCAAAGUUCAGGAUUAGCUCCUGCCAAAAGAGCAGUGAGCGGAAUGGGGACAGAUGUAGCGGCGAAUGCGGUCACAGUGGUCUGUCAGAGUCUGUCAGCGGUCAUCGGGCUAGCUCCAUCUUCGACAGGUGGGUGGAGCUUCAUGGGCGUCCAUCUUGUGGCUUUCUCUGUGUCCGGUCAGUAA